AGCGCCGCCGUUGAGGCAGCUCCGGAGGGUCCCGGCGGAUCCGGAGGGUCCCGGUGGAUCCCGGGGGUCCCGGUGACAGCGGGGGCGGCCCCGGGAGCGGCCCCGCCGUGCCCUCAGCGCGUCCCGGGGCGCUGGGCGCGGCCGUCACCCCGCGUUGGCUCCUCUUCGCCGGUAUCCAGGGACGCGGCCCCGUUGCUGAGGGGCUCCGCCGGGCCCGGCCAUGGUGCGGCUGCACGUGAAGCGCGGCGGCGAGAGCCAGUUCCUGCUGGAGGCGCCGGGCAGCGCCCGCCUGGCCGAGCUGGCGCCGCUUGCCGCCCGCAUCCACAACGGGCGGCUGAAGGUGCAGCGCCUGUGCUCAGAGAUGGAGGAGCUGGCAGACCAUGGUAUUUCCUUGCCUUACAAUAUGCAAGGACUGACAGAUGAGCAAAUUGUAGAGCUGAAGUUAAAGGAUGAGUGGGCAGAGAAGUGUGUCCCAAGCGGUGGGAGCAUCUUCAGGAAGGAUGAAAUGGGACGGAGAAAUGGGCAUGCUCCAAAUGAAAAAAUGCAGCAGGUUAUAAAGAAGACAAUAGAGGAAGCCAAGGCAUUAAUCUCUAAGAAACAAGUUCAGGCCAACGUGUGUAUUAAUAUGGAGAUGGUGAAAGAUGCGUUGGAGCAGCUCCGAGGGGCUGUGAUGAUUGUGUAUCCAAUGGGAUUGCCUCCACACGAUCCAAUUAGGAUGGAGUUGGAAGAUAAAGAAGACUUGUCAGGAACUCACGCUGGACUUGAAGUUAUAAAAGAAUCAGAAGCACAGUUAUGGUGGGCAGGAAAGGAGUUGCAAGAAACAAAGUUGCUGUCUGACUAUGUAGGAAAAAAUGAGAAAACAACCAUCAUUGUCAAGAUCCAAAAAAAAGGACAAGGAGCUCCAGGGCGUGAGCCUGUGAUUAGUCAUGAAGAGCAAAAAGAGAUGAUGCUGUAUUACUACAGAAAGCAGGAAGAGCUGAAGAAACUGGAGGAGGACGACAACGACUCAUUUCUAAAUGCUGAGUGGGCAGACAACCAUGCUUUGAAAAGGCAAUUUCAUGGUGUAAAAGACAUCAAAUGGGGUCCAAGAUAAAGCUCUGCAAACCCCUUCUUAAGCUGUUUGAUCCAUACUCUUGUUUGCAGAGAGGAUUGUGUGCAGUAGGUUCUUCUGUCAGAAGCUGAAAUUGUCACUUCUGUAGCCUUGGGUGUUCAAUAAAAGUUGACAUUUCUCUGUAACUCCAGCAGCAUUUGUCUCUGCAAAGAAUCGAACCAAUUCUCUUGAAGUUUCUUAUUUUAUUAGAAACUUGUAAUUUGAAUAUUGAAAUGUUAAUCCAUUUCCUAGAUAAUAGAUCUAGUAAAUACGCACUGGAGUUGGAGUGUUGUUUGGAGUGGUCUUUAUAGUUUCUUGUUAUUCUUGCAUUACUAUUAGGUGGUAUGCCCUGUAACAGGUAAUUUAUUUUAAGAGAAAUCAGUUUUCCCAGGCUAAUGCAGUGAGAGUUAAUGAUUUUUAUGUGCUCAUUCAAAUUUCAACAUAGCUAAUUCCAAACUAUCAUUUUUUUAAUUGAGUUAACAUCUUAACAAUUUUUUAAAGGAAGUAUUUUUGUAUAAAGACAAAUAAUACAAAAAUCCUUGUGGAAUGCAUAAUUUUCAUUCAUUUGGUUUAGUUUUCAUUGCUGGUAUGUAAAGAUUGACAGAAAUCUAUAUGCAAAAACAAGCGUCAUUUGCAAGUAGAUUGGAUAAAUAAAACCAUGUUUAAUAGGACAUGAUCUCUAAGAUAGAAGUAAAAAAUAAUCAUUUUCUGUAUUACUGUGGUCAGAGACACAGAUCAAGUUAAAACUCUCAAGUGUUGGCUGAACUCACAGCUGGAAGAUUGGAUGCAGAAAAGAUAAUUAAUGCCAUUCAGUGAACUGUUAAUGGUGGUUUUACUUCAAUCAUUGAUUUUAUUUUUUUUGUUACUCUUAUGAAAGUUUGGUGUCUGGUAGUUUUUGUUGAACCUCAACUUUCCAGUAACAUGGUGUUAUAAAAAAAAAAUAAAAAAUCUGCAUGUGGGAUUUUUCAAAGUUGGAAAACUUGCCCUGUACAGCUCUGGGGAUUUUUAACCAUUCCCAUAGCUGAAAGCUUUUUUCCCUAUUGUGCUCCUUUGUCCUCAUCAAAGGGUGAAGAAAAUCUGGAAAUACUUAAUUCUUAAUGUCAUUGGCAUUGUAACCCCCCAGUGGUUUGGUGGAUGUUUGUGAUCCAUAACUGGGAUGGGGAACACUCAGUGAAAUCACCAGAAAAUCACAGUUUGUUAUAAAGGUUGUUGGUCACCUGGUCCAGCUCUUGGUCAGUCCUGCCCACAUUGCUGGAAGUGUUGCUGUGGCUUUUAAGGAGAUUUCUACAGAUUCAAACCCUCUCCCCUCUCCCUGUUGUGCUCUCCAUAGUGGUUCCAUGGGGAUUUGUAUGAAUGCUGUCUGUUCAAAACAGGUUCUGCCUUGAGUAAUUCUUUUGUUUGGGCAACUAUAUGGAAGUGCUUCAAUAAAUAACCCAAAUGACUUUGUAGA